AUGGGGGAUAACUUUCGCCAUUUGCUUAGCAAAGAGGGCGGCGAUGUGUUUGUUAUCGUGAUUGCGCUGACCCUCCUGAUUGUCUUGCGUAAAGCUUUAAUAUUAGAAGAAAAAACAGAGAUCUUUAAAGAUUUUCCGGUGGGCGAGCGGCGGUCCGGCGGCGGCGCACGGUGGUCUGACGGUGGCGCACGGUGGAAUGCAACUAUACAAAAGUAUUUUACCAAAGAACCCAAACCAAGUAUCCCAACUUCAUCAAGUCCGUUAAACUCUAAUGAACAUAAUAACAAAAGAAGUCGAGAGGAAGUUGAAUUAUCUGAAGAUGAAAUUGUUGGUGACCCGGCGUUACGUAAACCAAUUAAUGAUUAUCCAACUAAUAUACGAGAAGAAGUAAGAAGACGGUACAUAGCGAAAGGUGCUUGUCAACCAAAAGGUCAUGUUUUCCCUAAAACGAAAGUUUGUGGAUUUAUGAGAAAAUUUCAAGAAACAUGGUUUGACAACUUUUGUUGGUUAGAAUAUAGUGUAUCUAAAGAUGCCGCAUUUUGUUUAUGGUGCUAUCUUUUCCCGACCGGGAAUAAAUUUGGGGAUGAUGUUUAUAUUAAUCAUGGUUUUAAUAAUUGGAAAAAGGCAUGUGAAAACUUUCGUGAUCAUGAAAGGGGUCGGAAUAGUAGACAUAAUCAUGCAAGAGUUCAAUUCGAGUCAUUCAAAGAUCAAAGACAUAAUGUAAACUAUAUGAUGCCUAGACGUUGUAAGCAAGAUGAGAUUGAUUAUCGUAUUCGAUUAACCGCUGUUGUUGAUGUGAUUCGAUUCCUUUUACAACAAGGUUUGGCUUUUCGCGGGCAUGAUGAGGCUGCAAGUUCUAAUAGUCGAGGUAAUUUUCUUGAACUUGUCAAGUGGUAUUGUGAGCAUAAUGAUGAAGUAAAUAAGGUGUUUAACUCGAACGCUCCUAGAAAUAAUCAGUUGACUUCGCCUAAAAUCCGAAAGGAAAUUGUUAAUGCUUGUGCUAUGGAAGUAAGAAAGAUUAUCGUGAAUGAGGUUAAAGGUAGGUUCUUUUCUCUUUUGAUUGACGAGUCUCGUGAUUGUUCUAUAAAAGAGCAAAUGGCAGUGGUUUUGAGAUACGUUGAUGAUGGUGGGGAAGUUAUCGAACGGUUUAUCAGGGUAAUGCAUGUUAUUGACACUUGUGCAUCAUCUUUAAAAAGUGCUAUCGAUAAUUUCUUUGCAAAACAUGGUCUGACAAUGUCUAGAGUUAGAGGUCAAGGUUAUGACGGAGCUUCCAAUACGCGUGGUGAGCUAAAUGGAUUGAAACAAAAAAUCUUACAUGAAAAUAAGUACGCAUUUUAUAUUCAUUGUUUUGCUCACCAGUUGCAGUUAGUCGUUGUAACUACGUCAUCUGAAUAUGCAUCUGUGAGUAAUUUUUUUGAUUACCUUGGAAGGAUUGUGAAUAUUAUUGGAGCUUCAUGUAAAAGGAAAGAUGCUAUCCGUCAAAAACAGUAUGAUGAUUUCGUGAAACGUAUAGAAAUGGGUGAAAUUUGUACAGGAAAAGUGAGAGUUGUUACAAUUGCUUUGUCUAGAGAGGGCCCUGAUGGAAAAACUCGAGCCCUACAGUUAAAGAAUCAAAAUAUUGGCAAUGCUGUUCAAUUGAUUAAAGAUGUUAAAAAUGAUAUAAAGAAAUAUAGGGAUGAUGGCUGGGAGGAACUUAUGGAAGAAGUUAGUUCAUUUUGUUUUCAAAAUGAAAUUCACAUGCCUAAUAUGGAAGAUGUCAUUCCCGGCCGAGUCAGACGAACUAUUGAUGAUGAGCCACAAACAAAUCUCCAUCGUUUUCGUGCUGAUAUUUUCUACCAGGUUGUUGAUCUACUUUUUAAUGAGAUGAAUGAACGAUUUACUAAGUCAAACUCAGAGUUGCUUAUGUGUAUAGCUUGCCUUGAUCCUAGAGAUUUAUUUCAAAGUUUUGAUCGUGAGAGGUUAUUACGACUUGCGGAAUUAUAUUCGGAAGAUUUUUGUGGCUCUGAUCUAGGACAACUAAAGAUACAACUUGGCCGAUACAUUUCAAAUGUGAAAAGUAAUGAAGCUUUUUCUAAUCUGCGCGAUAUUGGAGAACUUGCAAAGAAGAUGGUUGAGAUGAAAUAUCACAUUACAUAUGAAUUGGUAUAUCGACUAAUUGAGUUGGCUUUGGUCUUGCCUAUUGCAACAGCUAUCGUUGAAAGAUCUUUCUCUGCGAUGAAGUAUAUUAAGAAUAAUUUACGCAACAAGAUGGAUGAUGAUUAUCUUACAGAUUCGUUGGUUUGUUAUGUUGAGAAAGAUAUUUUUGCAAAGGUUGAAAAUGAAGCAAUUUUACAACGAUUUCAAGCUAUGGGGCCUCGAAGAUUACAAUUACCCGUUGAUAGAUCGGUUGGUAAAAAAAAAAUGGCAUCCCAACCGAUGACUACUGCUGCUUCUGCUACUUCUGCUAUCAUGACCAGUGUUCUUUCUGCGGUCAUGACUUCCGCUGUUACUGUCAGUACCGGUCUAGUGACACCACUGCCUAAUGCAGUGUCGCAUGCUGAGAAACCAGAGAAAUUCAGUGGUCUGAAUUUCAAAUAG